GAGUACUAUUAGCCACUGAUCCUGUCCAAGUCAAUCCUGCUUGCUAUAUAAACUCCGCUCGCGCAGCAGAACACAGCAGCAGCAGCAGACAGAGCAGCAGCCAAAGCCUGAGGCGAGCUAAGCGUUCACGGAGGACACAGCUCAAACUACCAGCUAGGAUUAGCUAAAGCUUCAUUCGCAUAUUACUUCCGCUUCCGCUUCCGCUAGACACACAGCUCGUCGGCGACAUGGACGCCAUGGAGAGAGGCGAGCGCACGCCGCUCCUGCCCGAGAGUCAUGGCCCAAAGGUUCAAGAGGACGACAGCCUGCAGCUGCAGGUGCCGCUCCUGAAGCACAAGAAGCGCGGCGGCAGCAAGGCACCAGCAGUAAUUCUAUUGUUCGAAUGCCUGGAGAGCACGGCGUUCAAUGGCAUCUCCACCAACCUGGUGGUGUACCUCGAGACCGUCCUCCACGGCACCAACCUCGCCAGCGCCUCCAACGUCGCCACCUGGUUCGGCACCAGCUACCUCACCCCCGUUUUCGGUGCCAUCAUCGCCGACUCCUUCUGGGGCAACUACAACACCAUCCUCGUCUCCCUCGUCGUCUACCUUCUUGGCAUGAUGCUCGUCACCUUCUCCGCCUUCGUGCCCACCACCACGGCGGCGCUGUGCGCGGCAGGUGCCUCGUGUGCCGGCACCGCCGGCAAGUGGGGGCUGAGCUCGCAGACCGUGGCUUUCGUGGGGCUGUACCUCGUGGCGAUCGGGUGCGGCGGGGUGCGCUCGUCGCUGCUGCCGUUCGGAGCGGAGCAGUUCGACGACGACAGCGUGGCGGACCGGGAGGGCAAGGCGUCCUUCUUCAGCUGGUUCUACCUCUGCGUCAGCUUCGGCCCCAUCAUCUCCGGCGUGUUCCUCGUCUGGAUCCAGCAGAACGUCAGCUGGGGCCUCGGCUUCGGAAUCGCCACUGCCUGCAUCGCGUUCGCAUUCGCCGCCUUCGUGCUCGCCACGCCCAUGUACAAGCGCCGCAUGCCCGCUGGCACGCCGCUCAAGAGCCUCUGCCAGGUCGUCGCUGCCGCGUGCAAGAAGAUCAGCGUCAAGGUGCCCGCCGAAGCCGGACACCUCUACGAGGUCAGCGACAAGAUCGACUCGCCCCAGCCCAAGAUCGCGCACACCAGCGACUUUAAGUUCCUCGACAAGGCGGCCAUCGUCACGGAGUCGGACAUGGAGGAGAGGCCGGAGGCAGCGACCUCGUGGAAGCUGUGCACCGUGACUCAGGUGGAGGAGCUCAAGAUCCUCCUCCGCCUGCUGCCCGUGUGGCUCACCAGCGUCAUCGUGUCAUCGGCCUUCUCGCAGAUGAACACCACGUUCGUGCAGCAGGGCAGCGCCAUGGAAAUGACCAUCCUGUCGGUGCCGGUGCCCGCGGCGUCGCUGGCCUCCUUCGAGGUGAUCUGCGUCAUGACAUGGGUACUCCUCUACAACAAGGUGAUCGUGCCGGCGUUGAGGAGCUUCUCCUCGAGCGGUGACGGCGAGCCGUCGCAGCUGCAGCGGAUGGGUGCCGGGCGGCUCCUCAUGGCGCUCACCAUGGCGGUGGCAGCGCUCGUGGAAAUGAAGCGGCUCGACAGCGCGGCCCGUGGGGAAGAGAUCAGCAUCUCGUGGCAGCUGCCCCAGUAUUUCUUCCUUGCCGGCGGGGAGGUGUUCUGCUACAUCGCGCAGCUAGAGUUCUUCUUUGACGAGGCGCCGGACACCAUGAAGAGCAUGUGCACGUCGCUGGCUCUGCUCACCAUCGCGCUGGGGAGCUACAUGAGCUCCUUCAUCUACGCCAUCGUGGAGGCCUUCACGGCGACGGGAGACAGCCCCGGGUGGAUCUCCGACGACCUCAACAAGGGCCACCUCGACUACUUCUUCUGGGCCAUGGCUGCAAUGUGCACGCUCAACUUCGUCGUGUACAGCGGCAUCGUCAAGAACUACAGGCUCAAGACGGUCAUCUCGUGAACGCUCGCCCAAGGAUUCAAGAUUACAUUGCACAAUCGCCAAUUGGUGAACAGUAAAUAGCUUAGCCAGGUACAUAUAUUGAUAUAUACACAAGACACAUUAGGAAGAAAAUGUAGGACAUCACUUCUCUUUCUUUUCAUGGCCGUAGUGUAAUCCUAUGGCAGGAACAUUUUUUCGAAUUUUUGUUGGUGGCUUUUCUUGGAUUGUAGAAAGAUUACAAGA